GAAGCGCAGUCAACAAAAACAAAGUCAUUGGAAUUGCAGCCGUAACAACAACAAGCGCCAUUUCUUAAACAAUUGCUGAAUUUACCCACAAAAACCACCUGCUGACGUCAGAGCCAAUUGAAUACCUUUUAUACACCUCAGUUUUGUUGGCUGGCGAGGAUCUGCACGAAGAAGUCCUUGUCCAGGAUUCCGCACCAGAUGAGUUUGGGAAACCAGCCUUCAGAAUGCGGUGUUGAAGUAGCAAAACAUUUGCAGCUGUGUGCGCUGGCGUUCUCCUGCGAUCGCCGCAUUCAGUUUGGUCUCAUCGCUCCGAGCGCACACAACGUCGCCCGAUGCCCGAGGAGCUGCUGACCAGCCGGAGCAGACUCUUCGACGUGCCUGUUGGGAGCCAACAACACUAUCUGUGAUUCUCCAUGGCCGGAAUGGAGGUGAAGGAGAAGGAGGAGCAGCUGCUGCUGGAUACCCUGAUCGGACUGUGGAGUCAGUAUCUCCAGGCCUCGGAGCUCGAAGACGCGAGUGUCAAGGACCACUGGCUCUGGCUGCUGCUGUAUAACUUGCAGUUUCUGGAUGAUAAGAACUUGCAAGAUGCCUGGCUAAAUAGCCACUUUAAUCUGAUGCCCGAGGAGCUCUGUUCCUAUUUGCUGGAGCAGGUCUAUCAAAUCAUCAGCGAGGCGAAGAGAUCUCAGGAAAGCAGUCCGACGCAUGAGCCGGAGCAGCAGGAUAAGUGCAUCAAGCAGCUGCGCAAGCAGCAUAAUCUAGCCCAGCUAAUACUCAGCACUCCCAGUGAUUGCAAUAAGAUUCUCGCUCUGCGGACAUUCCUCACCGAUAAACUGGGCCAUCAUCUACUAGCUUUUCUGCUGCGCGUGGAUAUCAAGCUCAUUGCAUCCCAGAAGAGUCUGUGCCACCUGUGCAUUAACCUGUUUCCCAACUGCAAGUGGAGUGCAUCCAACGAGCAGCUGAUUCCCAUGACCAGCAUUGCCCAAUUCAUCGGAAGUUUCUACCUCAAUUCGCAAAGCAAAAAGCUGAGACGCCAGCAGCAAUCAAAAAGUCAAUUACCCAAUCACAUAUCCAAUCCAAUCAAAUCGAGUUUUGAAGACUUCAAAGGGACGACAAGGAGCAGUGACGAACUGGCCCUGCUGCUCAUCCUAUUGCUCACCAGAUGCGUGGAUGCAGAGCAGGAAUCCCAGCUGAGCGUUACGGUCCAUAACUUUGCACUGGGGCACUUGUGUUCCAGUUCGGAGCAGGAUGCACCGGGGGAUAACGAUGAGAUCAUUAAGUUUGAACUGCUCCAAUUGAUAGCACACUGUGUAAACAACUUUUACGUGCUAGAGCAACAGCAGCCGAAUGUCCAUGACUUCAACAGCAACUUUGGGCAGCUCCUCUAUGCACUGACCGCCAAUCGGAGGAGUCCCCUUCUGGCUCAUGGAGUAUUGUACAUAAUGUUUGGCACCCUCCACAACCUGGUGGAUAAUGGCGUGCGGGAGUUGAACCAGAUCGAUGUGAGGAACUUUGAUGACUGCUUCGAGGUCUUGCAAGAGGCGGCCAAAUCGACCAACUUCUCGACCGCCAUAUUCCUGCAUAUAUACAAAAUGCUGCUACGCCUGACGGACAACCUCUCGAGCCAGGAGCAGCACCUGCAGAGUCUCAUGGAGAGCAGUGCAUCCACCGCGAUGCCCAAGCAACAGCAACAUCCGCGGCACAAAAGACAAAGGAGCAGUCAGCUGCAUUGCCUGGGAGCCACUUCCCUUAGCUGCUACUUCCAGGGAAAACUGUAUCAUUUGCUGCCCAGCCUGGAGGCAGAGCUGCAGGAGCAUAGCGUGAGGAGUCUGCUCCGAACCGGAAGCUGUUGCUGCCACUACAACGUCAGGAACUACGCCACGUGCCUGCAACUAGCCACUCAACUUUCCAGCAGCUAUCAGAAGUGUGCCUACAAAUUCCUCCACUACAAUGUGCUGCACACUAUAUUUGUAAAGCGGAAUCCCCAGGGAUGCCCGGGUUGCGAGGAUAAGCUGAAGUCGCCUGUAUUUCACAUGGAUCUACUGAACAUCUACAAGGAUAACUACAAGGCCCUGCUGAACACACCUGCAAUGCUGCUCUUUCUCAAGCACCUAAAACAUAUCGCCUAUCUGCUGCCCUAUGACUUAGCCUCUGGAAUCCUGGCGGAGGUGGCCUUGCCCAUUUUUAGGCUGUACAAGGAACUGAUUGAAAGUGGCGAAAGCAAGAGAAAGAUUAGCAAGGUCACUCCCCUACAGUUGCCCAGCAAGUUGGAGAACUACAGAGCUCUUCACGAAUGCCUGAGUAUCUUCGUCAUGUACCUGAGUGAUAUCCGCCUGGUCAAAGCUUUCUACAACGAGGAGAACAUCCGCUAUAUGCAGGAUCUUCUGAUCAUACCCGAACUGCAGCGGGGAGUAUGUGAUCUCAUCAAGGUGGGCAUUGAUAACAUAGCUUUUCUGGGCGAGAACAGCCGGGAGCAGAUCACUCUGAGCAGGAGACUCAUCCAGCUGCAGCUGAACAGUAGUGACAGGGCAUCCCAGCUCUUCCAGGCUCUGCUGCACAAGUGCUCCAAGCACUCCCGCGCCAAAUUCUGGCUGGAUGAGAGCUCCAAUCCUGCCAAGCUCGAGGGUCACAAACCCGCGGACAUACUCUACAUAACCGCCCUGCAAUGGACCCUGAACUUUGAGCUCUUGAAGACCAGUCAGUUGUUCUACAAUGAGUUUGCCAAAAUCUACUCAAUACCCGUGGAAAUGCUGGACGACGAGGAUGAGGGUGAGGUGGAGACGCCAACGAGCGAGCUGCUCCCAGGGGAGAAGAAGCUGCGGCAUGGGGACAAAAACAUCUUUGACAUCUUGAGGCUGAACUACAACGCGCUGGGCUGUUUCCUCAUGCUGCCAAAAGCCACAAUGGGGCCAACCACAUCCUCCACCGCAACCACGCCCACAGCCGGCAUUUGCGGCUCAAGUUCAUUGGAAACCCUAAUCGCGCAGCUGCCACUCGGUGGCUCCACUUCAGUCUCGGUCACAACGGCUGCCAGUUCAGACUACGCGGACUCGACAUUGGAUUACGCAUCUGUGAUUGGUAACUACGAUAGCUACUCGCGGGACAUGGCCACCCCCUCGUUCCUGCAGCAACUCCUCGCCUGCGAACCGGAUGAGAGUACGGUGCUCUUCGACAUCCGUGGCAGUCAGUCCAGCAACUCCCUCAUCCUGCCAAACGAGGAGGAAGGGGCAACAGCCGAUGGCAUCAUCAACAAGCUCUUCAGCAUUGUGGGAUCCCUGGUUGGCGGCAGUCCAGGAAGCGGCGGAAGUGCCAACUCCCCGACACGUGCUAAUAUUGAUGCGGAUUUCUUCUGCUUAUACGAACCCAACGGCGAAUGCAAGAAACUCUUGCUCAAACUCUUCGAGGCGACCAUGGCCAUCUGCAUCAAGGGUUUCCAAAACGAAGAAGUGGAGAAGAUGCAGAAGCACCUGCGCAAGCUGAGAGCCAUCAUUUUGAGCCAUGCCACGGACAACUGGUCGGAGCACGGGGAACAGCAUGCCCGGGACAAUGCGGUCAUCCAGACGCUGCAGACCCUGCUCAAAAUCGCCGAGCUAUCGAGCACUCACCAGGAGCCGACGGGCGUGGUCAACAGCCCCUCCGGCGAUUCCCAGCAGCCACGACCACGUGCCAGAUCCUUCAACAGCGGCAGCGUGGAGCUGCCCAGAUUGCAGACUGUUAAACUGCCGGCCAAGAACUCCCUGGCCACGCCGCCCACGCCGCGGCGGAGACCCAAUUCCAGCGAGGCGAAUGCUGGCGUGGAUGCGGAUUACUUCUCCACCCGGGCCUCAUUGAGCUGUGCCGCCGACAGUGAACUGGAACUGAGCGAGAACGAGCACGAGUUUUACCUCACCGCCGACGAGGGUUACGAGGCAGAUGGCGAAAUCGCUGACCUCAGUGAAUCCGAGUGCGAGCUCAAUGGGGGCGUCUUGGCAGCCAACGAAUCGACGUGGACCCCGUUUCAGCCAUCCUCCCGCUAUCGAAGCCACAUCAUGCACCAGGGUCUCAGUCAGCUGGUGGUGCAAAUGCUAGCGGAACUAUCCCUGCUCUGCAUCAAGCAGCCAAACGGAUGGACAGAGAGUCUAACCCAACUGGCGAACCGGUUGUUCGUCAUCAGGGACUACCUUGGAGGUCCUCUAUGCUUGCUUAAGGGAUUCGCGCCGAUUCUGAGCUGCAGCGAUCCAAGAUUGAGGGAGUUACAGCAAUCGGUCCUAGAGUUGGUUACCCAUCUGAACACACCAGAGGUGCUGCAGUGCUACUACUCUAUCCUGGCCUCCAGACAACCCCCCGUGGAUCUGUUAAUGCGGCACAUGCACCACAUUUCCUCCGGAUCGCUGCGAAAGGCUCAGCCAUGUAUGGAGCUAGACUUUCCCAUCACCACUGAUGGCAAGAUAGUAGUCACCUCGGAGCCAUUGGUCAGCGAGCAGAUAGAGGGGGUGCGCCUGCACCACCAGCAAUGUCAGACGAGCACGCUAUUUACUCGGGCUGCCUGCAUUUUUCCGGUGACCCAGACGCGUAUUUGGCAACCGGAUGGCUUGACCCUAUCACUGUGGCUGGAAUUGAGAGGGCAGCAGAUGCAUCGCAGCUCCAUGCAAUUUAACGACGAUGAAACACGCUACUCUGGAGAGGAUCUAACAAAACUCCACCUGCUUUCUUUGGGAACUAACCAAGCCAUGGUCAGUAUAUACAUCAGCCACAACAUGCAGCUUAUCUUCGAGCUGGUCAAACCGAACGAACAACUAGCUCCAGUUCGUGUGGAGGAGCAAAUAGAAGCCAAUGCAGAUACGGCAUCCGUAAUCUCGGCCAACACUCAGGCGGCCAAUGGAGGAACCAUUCGACAGGCUCUCAAACAAACCAAGCUAGCGCUGCUCAACAGCUUCGGCCAGAUGCAUCUGCUCAAUGGGCACCAAGCCGCGGCGGAUUCAACAGGUGGCUAUUUUGAGGGCUCGGCCGUACAGCUCCAGCAUUUGCGAUUGCCACGCCACAAGUGGAUGCAUUUGGUAUUUGGUCUGCAGCAGCAAGCAGAUUCCGUGGAGAUCAGCAUAUUCCUUGAUGGGGUGGAGCAACACACCAUGCGGUUGCCUUUCCGGAAUCUCCGCCAGCUUACCCGAGUGCACAGCUUUCAGUUGUUGGCUCUGGGUGAAGGACAGCCGACCAGGAGUCCCGGAAGCAGCUCCUCCUCGCGAUCCACCCUGGAUGGUUCGACCCCUCGGUAUGCCCUCUCGAACGUGAUCCUUUUCAAGCGCCGCCUAGUGGAUCCCUUGCUGAUGAUGAAUCUCACGGCCAUGGGGCCGGACUUCACCGAAUUCACACAGUGCCAAGUGGCAAAUUGGAAGCCAAACUAUGGCUUCGUGAGCCUGGGCAAGCUGUCGUCCUCGAAUUUCGGUAACCACCUGGACUGCAUGCGUCAGUUGAGACAGGCUAGAGUCCUCGUGUACACCGCCCAGCAGCCGGAUCUGGUGAUGAGCUACGAUGCUAGCCAGGAACUGGACAUGGCCUGCUAUGGACAGCCCCACGGACACAUGCUGUACGGGGAACUGCAGCAGCACCAACCGCAGACCCUCCAGUCGGCCACGUCCCUCAGCGGUGGACUCUCCACGCUGCUGUAUCUGUUCGCCAGGAUUGUUGAGCUCACUGGCAAUGCAAGUACCCAGGCCUUGGCUCUGGAUCUGCUGUUGCAGGUGGCGCAUUCGGAUGCUCAGCUGUACACAGAGUUCCAACGACAGGAUUACCUGUCUUUAAUCGGCUACGUCAUAAAGUCGGAGAAGUGUUCAAAGGAUGUCCAGUUGCUCCGGAGCAUUGUGAACAAUGCCUGUUCCCAGGUGCUGAUCACCAGGAAGGGGGAUUCCAUUAAUGUAAAUGACAACACCAUGGCCACUCUGGUAUAUCCCCGCCUGAUGCUGACCGUGCUACAGCGCUACUCCGACUGGCACCGAUCCGGAGCAACCCACUCCGAUGUCCUGGACAUGCUUUUCCGCUGCAUUCUGGCUCUCACCAGGGAUAAGCAUCCGCAAAGGGACUUCAACAUGGAGCAACUUCAGAAGUGCGGUUUGCUUGGAGCACUCCUCAAUCUCUGCAAGGUCUAUGUGAUAGAGUCACCCAGUCCGGUUCAGAUUUCACCCUAUGCCGCCGAGUGCUUUGUCCAAAUACUGGCCGUGUUUUCAGGAUCGCCGCCUGACUCCUCCAUGCUGGAUGAGAUCAUGAAACUUCUCUUGCUGCUUCACAAGCCCAGUGAUUGUUAUGUGACCCACGAUCGCACGCACUUCUACUUCCUCCUAACGGCUCAACAGCCGGCAAAGGAACGCUCCCUGGUGGCAGCCAAUUUGAGCAGGGUGACCACAUCGCUGCGACGGCAGUUGCAUCCUCAACCGCAGGAAUUGGAUCCCGAGCGAGCGGAAAGGAUUAAGAAACUGCGACGACUUCAUGCCAGCACGUCUGGUUACAGAAAAGCUGUCAACGAGUUCGAGGAGCAGCUGGACCAGAUGGCCGACUGCUCAAACCUCAACAAGUCCGCCUUGAGACUGCUGAGUCCCGUGGAGGCCACUCGAUGGCGCCUGAAGUUCAAGCGACGCCAUCCCACCAGUGCCAACAGUCCGAAGAGGAGCCCGCUGAAGAUCGCUCGAAGGCGCAUCCACCCGCAUCUGCAUCUCGGCAAGAUCUGGCAGCCAUCGGGUCACAGCACUCCCAGCUCGGGUCAGUCAUCACUGCCGAAUAGGAAGACAGACUUUUAUGAUCAGCUGGGGAUCAUCCGACUGCAGCAGCGCCUCCUCAUCCUGCUAAAGGAUUUCCUUUGCCUUCUGCCGGAUUCAUCGGUGGAUGUGGUCACUCGACACUACGUGAAACUGGAACUGCUUUUGGUUCUGGCCAACCAGCGCAGCUGCGCCGUGCGCCAGGCCAUCAUUCAGUUGGUGGACGUGCUGACAAAGCGUCUGCCUACUGGGGAACUCAACGCCGCUACCAAGUUGAUGUAUCCGCUGCAUCUGGCCAAUCAGUUGACCAUCCACGGAUGUGAUGUAGGCAUGUUUGAGGCCUGUCUAGCCUGGAUCAACGGGAUGCACUGCAGCCUGACGGAUAUUCAAAGCUGCGAGGCACCUCUAAGGAUUCGCCAGCGCUUUGGACUCCAAUCCCUGCUGGCUAUCGCGGAAGGAACCGAGCCCCAGUGGGUAUUCAAGGCGCUCUUACGUCUGUAUCUGCAGAAUCCUGAUGAUCAGACAUGUCUGAUUGAAGCAGGACUACUGCAGUGCUCGGUGAAGGCCCUUUACAAGAUCUACUCCUUACGUGUGGGUCAAUCCAAUGCCGAUGAGUCCGUUGUGGAACUACUGGCCAGUAUUGGAGAGCGGGCAAUUCGUUCUGUUGGCCAGAUAAAUCUCGUUUGGGACAUUCUCAACUUGCUAUCCUUUUACCAGGACAAGCAACCACAGUUGAUUAUGCGCAGUUUCCGAACUGCCCAGGCUCAACUUCAACUGGAGUGGCUCACCAAGUUCUUUGAGCCCAACAGUUUCCGGGUUGCAGUGACCAACGAUUCCUCCCUAAGUCACUCGGAGCUGCGGACCCGAGUAGAGCUGCUCAUAGAUCGCUGCACUCAGUUCUUCACCGUAGGCGUGGGCCAGACCACCGGACCAAACUAUGUGGCCAGUUCCCAGGAGUUGGCUCUCUUCCAGCUGCUCGUUUCCUAUGGGAUCUCGAGCAAUCAGCGAUGCAACAACUUUAUAGCCUGGGGGCUUCAACCUUCGCGUCCACGCGAUCUGCGCUCCUACAUUGUGGAUGCCCUGUGGCGAUCCCAACAGGAUGAGUUCCAGCGGGCUAUUAUCUGUGAUGCUAAGAUGAUCAAGGCGCUACUCUGGCUCUCCCUGCUGGAGGACAUGCCGGAGCCCAUUGAAAACCUGCAGCCUCUUUGUGAUGCCUUGGGAAUCAAGGAGAAUGACUCCUCAUGGAAUCUCGUCCAUGAGCUAGAUCGCCUAGAUCAGAAUCGUAAUAAUAUGGCGGCCAAGCAAAAGACUCUGCUGGAAAAGACCGUGUACAGGUUUGAGCCAUUGGUCCAGCAAUGCGUGGAGUCCUCAAUGGUGACCACUAGAAAGGUAGCAGAACUGCAGAAUGCUGAGCGCAAGGCUCUGAUGUGUCACAUGAAAGUCUACGAUGAUACCUAUACCUACACCAAAUGGCUGGAAAUCAUUCGUCGCAUGACCCACGAAGGUGCUCCUUGGCACUCUGCUGAAAGAGCUGAAUGCUCUUGGGAGCUGGACGAUACCGAGGGACCCUCUCGAGUGCACACUCGUCUGCGUCGCUGCCACCUGGACAUCGAUCGGCGCUUCUUCAUGAACGAGUACAGGCCGGGACAAGGACAUCGUGAGGAUCUAGAGCCAUAUGUGCGUCCACUGGAUUACCUGAUAGCCAGCUAUGAUCAACAACUGAACAUAUCGCUGAACUCCCAAAUCCUGUACAACUUUGCGGCCAAAUUUCUGCCCGUGGACGGGGAGAUCGAGGGCGAGAUCAUCAUCACCGAUCUGAAGCUCUACUUCCUGGCCACCUACCGGUGUCGGUACUUCAACGUAAACUGUGAUAUCGCCAACAUAACCGAGAUCUGGCUGAAGCGAUACCAACACCAGGAGACGGCGUUCGAGAUUCUACUCGACACCAACAAGUCGCUGUUCUUCUCGCUGCAGAAUGCCGACGACUGGAAGAUUAUGCGCGAGGUAUUCUGUGAUAAAAUCGUAGCCACGCCCGACCAGUCCAAGGUACUUGCCAUCACCCAGCAGUGGCGCGAGGGUCUUCUGACCAACUGGGAGUACCUAAUGACCCUCAACCAGAUCUCGGGCCGUACUUACAACGAUCUCAUGCAGUACCCAGUGUUUCCCUGGGUGCUGGCCAACUACAACUCGGAGGUUUUGGACCUGCGAGAGGGACACAACUUUAGGCGACUUGGACGACCCAUUGCCGUGCAGGUGGAGGAGAACGAGAAGCACUACAUCAGCAACUAUACAUACAUUGACAGUACCAACACCACUAUGGGCUCGCUGAUCCUUAAGCCCUAUCACUACAGCUCCCAUUACUCGAAUUCCGGCACUGUGCUGCACUUCCUGGUACGGGUUCCUCCGUUUACCAGCUACUUUCUGCGUUACCAGGACAACGACUUUGAUUUACCGGAUCGCACGUUCCAUGCCCUGAACACCACUUGGUUGUUGGCUAGCCGGGAUAGUCCCACGGAUGUGAAGGAGCUCAUUCCGGAAUUCUUCUGCCUGCCCGAGAUGUUUGAAAACUUCGAACGCUUUAAAUUCGGCUGCCGACAAAAUGGGGAGCGUGUGGAGGAUGUCUCACUACCACCAUGGAGUCAGCGGGACUCCCGGCUAUUUGUCCUUAUCCACCGCCAGGCAUUGGAGUCGGAACUGGUACGGAAUCAGAUUCAUAACUGGAUAGACCUGAUCUUCGGCUAUAAACAGAGCGGGGAAAGUGCCGUGGAGGCCAUCAAUGUGUUUCACCCAGCAACUUACGCCGUAUUUCUGGACUCCGAGAUCAGCGAUCCCAUCGAAAGGGAAGCAGUCAAGACAAUGGUGAAGACAUAUGGUCAGAUGCCCAGGCAGCUUUUUAAGUCGCCACAUCCGGCGUCCAGGCCGCUGGACUACUCACUGGUGGACAAACCCAUAGUGUCUACCGUACGCGGUCUGCGCUGGGGCGUCUAUGUGGGAUCGCCACAGCUGAAAGCUCCUUCAUGGGCAAACAUUCACAAGAUACCAGGCACCGAGCACCUGGUUAGCUUCUGCAACACCAAUGUGGUCUAUGCUCUUCCUGGAAGAGCAAGUGUGAUGCAGGGAGCUGAGCCGGAUACAUACAACGUAAUCUCCUGGGGCUAUGAUGAUCGCAUUGUGAGGAUCCAGCCACUCAACAAGCCGCAGGCCAAGCCAAAGAAUCUUCUACACAAUGGGACCUUUGACGACAUUACCGCCUGUGGAUGCGAUGUGAACUCGAAUCAACUUUGGUUUGGCCAUAAAUCUGGAAGGAUUAGUGUUUACAAGUGCACCGGAGGACUGGAUUCCCAGCAGCGAGCGUCGGCGAAGAGCCGGCAGAGCUAUGCCCGCGGAUUCAGCUUGUCUUACAACUCAGCCUUCCGGAAGAUGACUAACAAGGGAAUCGGCGGAGGUGGAUCGGAGCGAGUAGAUGAAGCAGGCAACCUGCAUCCAACCAGUUCGGCCUCCUCAGUUAACUCGUCCAGCACUUCCUCCGGCGGGGAUGCUUUCCAGCGGGACGGUGCCGAUCUUAAUUGGCUGGGACCCACGUUGCUGGUGCGGCACACCGACGAGAUUACCUGUAUUACCCUCUCCGUGGAGUUUAAGAUCGCGGUGACCGCGGGUCGCGAUGGCAUUGCCGUCAUAUGGGAUCUCAAUGACUGGAGCUAUGUACGCACGAUUGCCCGCCCGGCAGAGAUUCAUCAGUCUCCAAUAACACAUGUGGCCAUUAGUCCUACGCUGGGGGACAUUGUCACGGUACACACUUUGCCCCAAUCAUCCACCACCAGUACGGAUCCAAAGACCACGGCAGCUGCGACCAGACCUAAUUCGCUGAACGUGGCCGACGAAUGCUUUGAGGUAACGGAGGAGAACCUAGACGACUUCGUCAAUGUGAAUGUGAAUCCCAAUGGCAAGUCAAUUUUGAGGCUGCACUCAGUGAACGCGCGGUAUGUGCAGCACCUGGUGCACGAGGAUCGCAUCCUGGCCGUGUGCUACUCCUACAUCAAGGAAGGAGUUGGUGUCAAUGUGAUAGCCACUGCUGUGGAGGGAGGAUUCGUGCGCUUCUGGUCCAGCUGGAACCUGAGCUUUGUCAGUGAGCUGACCACGGGCACAUCGCCCAUUCGAAGCAUUUGCUACUCAACCCAUCAGCAUUUGGUGGUGCUAACGCGAGAGUCCCACAUCCAAGUCUGGGAAUCGGAGGGGCUCUAUGGAAAUGCCCCAAAAUUCCCUCAAAUCGUCUACAAAUAAGGUUAAUGGGAAAAUACUCAAUAACUCAACUCAAAGCAUAUCAAUGACAGACACAUAAACGAUCUAAGAAACAGCUGAAUCAAAGAAUAAAUCCUUCUAAAAGAUAUAAAAUACAACAUUCGCUGGCGACAGCCACAAAAUUAAUAUAUCACAAGAUUCCUAGGCUUAGGUCUCAUAGAGCUGUAAAAUACACCUUUUGUACCAAAACUUUAUAUUAUUAUUACAUUUAAAAUUUGCACCUUUGUUUUUCCCGUGCUGCAUACAAAUGCCACGCUGCCUUCAAUUGUUGAUAUUAUCAAAUAAACAAUCGUAUUUUGAAAAAACCAAA